ACGCAUAUGUGACGACAGAGCUAGGGUUUUAAGCUUUUCUCGACACCUUAACUGGUAAGCGGCCGAGAGAGGCGGGGAGAGUAGAAGGUGCCACCUAGUCGAUCCUGACCAACUGCCUCCAAAAUGGCUAGAGGUUUGAAGAAACACUUGAAGAGGCUGAAUGCCCCAAAACAUUGGAUGCUGGACAAACUUGGUGGUGCUUUCGCACCCAAACCCUCUUCUGGACCCCACAAAUCAAGGGAGUGCUUGCCCUUGAUUCUUAUUAUGCGUAACAGGCUGAAGUAUGCUCUCACAUACCGUGAAGUUAUAGCUAUCUUGAUGCAACGCCAUAUUCUUGUUGACGGGAAGGUUAGGACGGAUAAGACAUAUCCUGCUGGUUUCAUGGGUAAGCACAUCAUACUAUGAAUUUAUUCUUCUUGA